AUGGAGUGUACGAGAAGUGGAGCCAUCAGGUUGUUGUGGUCACUAGUGGUCCUUGUGGCCCUGGGGGCCCUGGCAGAAGAGGUAAGGCCUGGCACCUCGAUCUUCACCGACAGAUCGAGGAUCAACAUUAACUUCGCCAAGAGAUCGCGUCUCCACAAGCACUUCUCUCAUGUCCGCCUCGCUUUCCCGCGCGACGGAAAGAAAACGGAGGCGAAGUGGGUGGUGGUGAGCGGGAGGAGCGUGGUGCCCGGGUCUGUGUACCGGGUGGUGGUGGAGGCUCUGGGCCCCUCCCACCCCCUCACCGUCAGGGCCGCCCUCGCCCACGACGGGCGGCAGGUCGCCUUCGGCAAGGUCUUCCUCCAACCAAAGGAAAUCUCCGAGAUCCUCCUGAAGGUACCUGACUCAGGAGGGACGGGGGAGUGGCAGCUGCAGGUAGAGGGGCGGGAAGGCGUAACUUCACUCUUCAAGCGCGUCGCCAGCCUCAACUUCCAGGCCAAGUUCCUCACCAUCCUCAUCCAGCCCUCACGACCCGUCUACAACGCCGGCCAGACCGUGAGGUUCCGAGCCGUCUUCUUAACCAGGGACCUGAAGCCUUAUGACGAUCCCGUCGAUGUCUUCCUCCUGGACCCGCGUGGCAGGGCGAUGCGUCGUUGGCCAUCAUACCAGACAAGUCACGGAGUGAUCAACCUCAAGUUCGAGCUGCCCGCCUACCCUCUGGUGGGGACGUGGAGGAUCAGGGUGCGGGCCAGGAGCCAGGUGGAGGACAAGGACAUCCAAGUGGAGCACUACUUCAGACCAAGGUUCGAGGUGUUCGUGCGGCUGCCGCUGACGGUGCUGACGACGGCAGAGUACGUGGAGGGGGUGGUGGUGGCCAACAUGACCAACUGGAGGAGUGUCUUCGGCAACUGCUCCAUCAAGCUGCAGUUCGCCCGCCACGACUACGCCCACAUCCCAGCCUCCUUCACCGACGCGUACCACGAGUUCAUCUACGGGUUCCGUGGGUACCAGGCCUUCAGCCUCCCGCUGUGGAAGGUGCGGGAGAAGCUGGGCAGCGACGACCUGAAGGACGUGAGUGUGCGGGUGUGGGCCGCCGUCGGCGACUCCUUCGGCUGGUGGGUGCAGGAGGGGUGGGCGCUAGCCCGGCUGGUGCAGGAGGAGGCCAAGCUGACCUUCCUGGGGGACCAGCCGCUCAUCUUCAGGCCCGGCAUGCCCACCUCCGUCCAUGUGUUCGCGUCGUACCAGGACGAUCACCCGCUGGCCGAGGAGGAGCUGGCGGACGCCCAGGUCACCGUCGUCAUGUCCGCCUCAGGGCGCAGCUCCCAGGUGGAGGAGGUGGAGGUGACGGGGAAGCAGCUGAUGGAGGGCCUGGGGGUGGCACAGGUCACCUUCCACCUGCCUGACGGGACCCAGACACUCAAAGUGGACGCCAGGUUAGUGACCAGCAGCGGCCUGACGGCGUCCGCCACGCUGCUGGGGGCGCUGCAUCACUCCCCCAGGGACCGUCACCUGCAGGUGGAAACCUCCACCACCGACGCCACUCCGGGGGAGUUCAUCAUCCUCCACGUCAGAAACAACUUCAGAAUUGAGCACUUUAACUUCGUGGUGUUGUCACAAGGCGUUGUGAUCUACAGCGGGAGGGAACCAGUAGACGGCCACGCACUGGCCACUGUCACCACCUUCUCCCUGCCAGCGUCCACGGAGAUGGCUCCGGCCGCCCACAUCGUGGUGUGGGUGGUGACCCAGGACGGCCAGCUCGUCUCUCACGCCCUCGUGGUCCCCGUCAACCCACUAGGAAGACACAAGGUGGGCAUCCGGUGGAACGAGCACAAAGACCACACUGGUGGGUCGUCGGAGAUGAAGAUGCUGGGAGAACCCGGCGCCUUCUUCGCCGUGUCGGCCGUGUGGGAGGAGACGUACCGUAUGGACGCCGGCCACGACCUGGACGCCGCCAGGGUUCUCUACCACAUGCUGGACCUGGAGAAGAAUGACACGAUGCACGAGAGGCGCUCGAACGUGUCGGUGCCCCAUGUCCGCCGAGCCGCAACAAGGUCGCGUGAUGGUAAUGGGGCCAAGGUGUUCCUCUUUCCCACUUCGAUGGCCGGGCCGGACGCGCCCUCAACCUUCAACUUCAGCGACCUCUUUGUGAUGACGGACGCCGAUCUCUUCUACCACCCGCACCACGCCUCAGAGACGCCGGAGUGCGGUGAGCGGGAGUUGAAGUGCCUGACGGGGGGCUGCUACAGAUACGACCAGCGGUGUGACGGCGUCUUCGCCUGCCCCGACCGCUCCGAUGAGGCCGGCUGUCCGGUGGUGGCGGAUCCUCUGCGCGAGUACCGCCUUCAGCGCCUCAGUCGCCUCCACCGCUUCUACGACCCCGAAGACGGCGACUGGGCGUGGCAGGACCUGCGCCGGGUGGGGCGGGAGAUCCGGGUAUUCCCCUUCCCCAAGAGACCGCAGAGGUGGGUGGUGUCCAUGUUCGCCGUCGGCAAGGAGACCGGUCUGGGGAUCUUGGAGGAGAAAAUUCAGUUUGACUCGGCGGGUCCGUUCUUGCUGACGCUGGAGGGACCAUCCGUAGCGCGCCAGUUCGAGCAGGUGGGGCUGCGGGUGUGCGUGUUUAACUUCCACAGGAGUAAGGUGGGGGUUCUGAUCACCCUGGUUAGGUCCAAGGACUACCGCUCAGUACUAGUGGAACAGAAUGGUGUCGUCGCCUCCUACCAGCCUCGGACAGCGGCCGGCGACCACCAGCACCUCGUCUGGCUGGAGCCGGAGGAGUCCAGGGACGUGCACCUUCCAGUGGUGUUCACCAGGAAGGGCAAGGUAGAGGUGACCGUGAAGGGCUCCACCAUGAUGCAGAAGGACUCCCACACCAUCGUUAUCGAUGUUGUUUCUGAGGGGGCGACCAUCGGCAAGCACACAUCCAUCUUGCUGGAUCUGAAAAGUCGGGCCGUCGUGUAUGACUUCUUUAAUAUCGGACUGGACGAGUCCCCCAUCAUUCCUUAUUCUCUCAAGCGACGGUACAUUUUCGAUACCCCCAGUGGCCAUAUCUCCGUCACCGGGGACGUGGUGGGACCGGCGUUCCCAGAGGUGCCAGUAGGGAGCACCUCGCUGCUGGGGAUGGAGGUGAUGGGGGCAGAGACGACAGCCUACAACUUCGCAGCCAACCUGUUGACACUUCACUACCUCCGUCUCACCAACCAAAUCAAGCCCGGUCUCACCUAUCAGGUGUUGACGGCGGUGAACGUGCAGUACGCCGCCCUGGCCCGCUACCAGGGCGAAGACGGCGCCUUCAGGAUGUGGCCAGAGUCUGGGCCAAGUGUGUGGCUCACAGCCUACUCCCUCAGGAUACUCUGGCUGGCCAGCUUCCAGGACUGGGAGAACCUGAUCUACAUCGACCCCGCCUUGAUCACCAUGGCGGCGAAGUGGCUGCUGGAGUACCAGACGCCGGCGGGAGCCUUCGCCGAGACACCCAACUACACCCACCCACUCGACUCCAAGGCCAACCCCACCCCCGCCUACCGGUUGGAGCGUGACGGCCGCAGGAACGUGUCUCUGACGGCGCAGGUGGUGCUCGCCCUGGUCAACAUCAUCCCCAGCCUCCAGGGCAACACCAGGACUAAGAUCAACAUAGCCAAGGCCAGCGCCAUCGCAUACCUGGAGCGGGAGCUGGAGGGUCUGCAGGACCCCUACGACGUGGCGCUGGUGGCCUGGGCCCUCACCAAGGCCGACUCCACCAAGAAGGAGGCGGCCUUCAGCCUCCUCGACUCCCUGAAGAGGGUGGAUGGCAAUAAGAUCUACUGGUCUCGCGAGCCUGUAACCUUCAACUCUUUGAUCUACGAGAACAGCCAGAAGCCCUUCAUUCAGCCCAAGGACGACCAGAAGUGGGACGCUCAUGCCGUAGAGACCACCUCGUACGCACUGCUGGUCUACGUCGCCAGGGAGGGCAUAGGCAUCAUCCAGGAGAACAUCGUCAGGUUCCUGGCCGUCAUGAGGGAGCUGGACGGCGGGUUAAUCUCCACUCUGGAUAGCGUGGCGGCGAUGGAGGCGCUGGUGGAGUACUCCUACCGCGCCCGGCUCCGGGACGUCACUGACAUGCGCGUCACCCUCGAGCACUCCGCCAACCCCAACUUCACCGCCGACGUCUACCUGGGCGGCGACUCCCUCGACCUCGCCGCCAUGAGGUCCUUCGACCUGGAGAAGAUCUGGGGCCACAUUAGCAUAGUGGGACGCGGGUCUGGCCAGGCGCUGGUCCAGCUCGACUACAGCUAUGGCGUCGAUGAUGAGCCCCUGCUCGACCAACCUCCCGUCCAGGCCUUCGACUUCACUGUCGUCUCCAAGUUUUCCGGAAGGAACAACUCCCAUCUGGAGAUCACCACCUGUCAGAGGUGGAGGAACACGGAGGAGGCCAUGACGAGUGGAGUGGCCGUGGUGGAGGUCCACCUCCCAUCCGGCUACUACGUCAUGCAGGACGACCUCAUCGCCCUGGUCAACUCCCGCACCGUCAGGAACCUCCGCUGGGCCCUCAGGACCAACACGCACGUCAAAUUCUUUUUCAAACAUCUGGACACGAGGGAGACGUGUCUCACGUACGUGAUCGAGCGCUGGUACCCCGUCGCCAACCACUCCCGCUACAACAUGGCUAAAGUCUACGAUCUCUACCAGCCAGAGCGCUUCAACAUGACGCUGAUGGAGGUGUACCCGCUCUACGACCUGGACGUCUGCGAAGUGUGCGGCUCUUAUCAGUGUCCGUAUUGUCCCUUCUACAGCAGGAGUCCGGCGCUCUCCGUCCCCAGCCUCACCAUCCUCUUGGCACUGAUCCUGGCACUGACUCAGGCACCCUGGCACUGA